GCGCGCGCACUCAUUAAAUGUGACAGUGACGCGCGCUUAACUGUCUGUUUGUUCUCACGUCCGCGAGCCAAAAAAACGGGCACGUCAAUUAAGCCGGAAAUAGACGCUAUGAAUAUGGCGUUUGUGUACAUACAGAUGGAACCAGGCGAAAACUGAACCUGUCGCUCUUUAGCACAAGUGUUGAAUGAAGAGUCUUUCGAGUGUUAUCGUACACAGUGUCCCUGUGGGUUAUUUGUUUACGCAGGAUAAUGUCAAACGCAUCUAACGGACACAAAAGGUCAAAUGUGGUCUUACACAGCUAGAUAAAUCGCUGCACUUCACUUUUUUUCAGGCAAAUGUGCCUAUUAUUCCAAGCUACCUGUACACAGUGGAUGACGAGGCCGCUCAGGUGGUCCGGAAUCACUCCAUGUCCCCUCUUUCUCCAUCUGGCACCUUCCAGAGCAUUGUGUCUUUGUACGAUAAUACAACACGCCUGACAGGCUUUAGCCCGCAGAUGAGUACUGCUGGCCCAGUGACCCCGGCCCCUACUUCUGUGACACCCCCUCGGAAUGGGUCAGACUGCCCCAAAGCAGAUGACCAGCUUCUGAACGAGAACGUGAAAGUGGGUCUGUUGUUUGCCUCUAAAGCAACAGUACAGCUAAUCACUAACCCCUUCAUAGGGCCCCUAACUAACAGAAUAGGAUACCAGAUCCCAAUGUUUGCUGGUUUCUGCAUCAUGUUUGUUUCUACCCUCAUGUUUGCGUUUUCGUCGAGCUAUACGUUGCUGUUUUUGGCCAGAUCUCUACAAGGUGUUGGCUCUUCCUGUUCUUCUGUGGCAGGUAUGGGGAUGUUGGCAAGUGUUUACACAGACGAUGAGGAAAGAGGAAAUGCUAUAGGAAUUGCCCUGGGAGGACUAGCCAUGGGAGUUUUGGUUGGCCCUCCGUUUGGCAGUGUCAUGUAUGAGUUUGUCGGUAAGACGGCUCCUUUCCUUAUCCUGGCAGUGCUGGCGGUGCUUGAUGGAGCUCUGCAGCUGUUUGUGCUUCAACCUUCGAAGGUUGAACCAGAGAACCAAAAAGGAACUGCACUAUUUACCCUCAUGAAGGAUCCAUACAUCCUCAUCGCAGCAGGUUCCAUUUGUUUUGCUAACAUGGCCAUUGCUAUGCUGGAGCCGGCUCUGCCCAUCUGGAUGAUGGAGACGAUGUGUCCCAGGAAAUGGCAGCUAGGGGUUGCAUUCGUGCCAGCCAGCAUCUCAUAUCUAAUAGGGACCAACAUCUUUGCCGUUUUGGCUAACAAAAUGGGGAGAUGGCUGUGCUCACUUAUAGGGAUGCUACUGGUUGGAAUCAGCAUUCUCUGCGUGCCUCUUGCAAAAGACAUAUACGGACUCAUUGUGCCAAACUUUGGAGUUGGAUUUGCAAUAGGUAUGGUGGACUCUUCGAUGAUGCCUAUCAUGGGUUACCUAGUAGAUCUGAGGCACGUGUCUGUGUAUGGUAGUGUGUACGCCAUUGCUGAUGUUGCCUUCUGCAUGGGCUUCGCUUUAGGUCCAUCUGCAGGCGGAGCGAUCGCACGGAGCAUCGGCUUCCCCUGGCUCAUGACCAUCAUUGGCAUUAUAGACAUCCUGUUUGCUCCUCUCUGUUUCUUCCUGCGAAAUCCUCCUGCCAAUGAGGAAAAGAUGGCCAUUCUAAUGGACUCUAACUGCUCAAUGAAGACCCGUUCCUACUCCACCCAGGGCUCCAGCUACCAAAUGGGUGAUGAUUUUGAUCCUGAGAGCCCUGAAUAGGCCUCAUCAGUUCAAAGCCCUCAGCAAUGUAUGUCAUCCAGAGUAUCUAUUUUGUUGUAUGAAAGAGGAAAACGACAGACUUUAAAGAAAACCACAAUGCUGAUUUGUAAGAAUGUCCCAUAUCUGUCCCACGCUGUCCUGUGGUCGUGAUGGUCAUGUUAUUCUGAAGCAAACCAAAGUUGUUCUUGUCGCUGUUUGUUCUCAAUGUAGGAGAGGUGAAAUAUCUAACCAACAGCCUUAUCGAUAUGGAUAACAUUUGUAUUUGAAUCAAAAAGCCGGAUUUGAGAGAGGGAAAUAUUAACUACGCUUUUUUUCGACACAACACUCAUGUUUUCUAAUUCAAAUUCAGAAAAGGCAGUUGAGAAGUUGAAAUAUUCAUUCAGUAUGACUUAAUGGACAGAUUUAUUGUUUGCCUGUGGUGGACAAGUAUGGUCUUCAUCUGUCGGUCCUGUUGAAGUCUUUUUCAUAGGCGUAAAUGUCAGUGAAGGUGCAUUUGAGUCAGAUAAACCUUGAAAUGGGCCUUAAAAUGUUGCCAUUCAUAUCAUAAUCAGUUCAAAAUACAUAUAUUAUAGAGAACAGCUACAGGACAUUUUAGGCCAAUUAUUAAAACUUGAUUGCUGCAAAUCUGGUACAUUAUUUGAUUGAAUUGGUGUGGUUUUCAUUUAGACUUUUGAGAGGGCAGUCUGAGAUCUUGCAUUUGAGUGUAGAACCUAAGCUUAACACAUUUCAAGAUUUUUUUUUGUGAAAAAGCAAAAGGUCUGACAGCAUCAGAUAAUCAAGCAGAAUGUAAACAAGUCCUACUGUCUCAUUCUGUUUGUGUGACUUGCGUGAUGUCCGCUGAAAAUGAUGUACUGUACUAUCAAAGAUGAGCCACAGUCACAUUUUGAUUACACAUGGUGACAAGCUGUUUCAGUUUAGUUUAAUAAAGAAAAGUAAAUUAUUGCUGUAAAGCAUCCACAUACUUUAGGUACUUUAGAUUAUAUUUUGCUUUUAAAGUGUAUAUAGUAUAUAUGUAUAUUUAUAUAUUUUAGUAAGCCCUUUGAAUGUGCUGGAAUGCUAAUAUGUUCAUUUGUAAAGAAUGCCUCAAUAUUGCUCUAUUGCUCUUUCCCACUGUCAUUUUUGACUUUUCAUUUUUUGUUCUUCUGCUUUGUUUUCUUUUUUUUUUGCAUCUAACAAAUUUGUUAUUGAUCUUUUUAAAAACUGAACUGGCUGUGAAAUGAAACAUGGCCUUGAAUUGAGCUUCUUAAAUCUUAAACGCUUAAAGCCAUAUUCAAAAUUAGUGGGGUUUUAUCAAGACUAUACAUAUUUUAUUUAGUUUAUUGGAUAAUUUAGUUAUUUUAUCCAAUUAUAGGUCUGUGCAGGUCAAUGUUUUUUAUUAUUAUUUUUUUUUUUAAACAAUACAAAUGCAUUCUAUGCCUUAAAAUUAGACAACCUGCUGCAAAACACCAUUUAAUGGCAAGUUUAGCUAUAAAUGUGUUUUAGACCCUAUUCUUCAUAUACUAACAAGAUAAAUCACAGGAUAAUCUAAUAACGAAAAUAUGUCCCAUCUUUUGUUGAUGUUACAAUCAAGAUGUGGGCUAAACUGGUUGGCUUUGGCAGAAAAUGAUCUGACUCGUACAGGUAAAAUAGCGAGGAAAUAAGUCUUUAAAACUGCUUGACCCUCCUUUAUUUUCUUUGGCAUCUAUGUACUGAGGGGAAUGGGUUCUUUUAUUGCCCACAGGAAAAUGAAAUCAUGGAUUUGAUAGACCGCAUGUUUUCCUCUGGAGCUACAAUCAGUUUAACGCAACAGUUGCUACCAGAACUAGCCUUCGAGAAAAAUCACGUUAGCUCAACUUUAAGUAUCUGCACAACUGGAGGUUAUUUGUGUUGAUGUGAGGAGCAGUGUCCUGCUGCCAAUCUGCUAUCGUUGCGAUAAAAAUUGGCCAGGGACACUGCACAGAUUCCACUCACAAGUUCAGAUUUUUAAAAGCCAACAUAACUGCGAGGUGUCUAGAUUUGUAAGUGUGCUGCCAAUGUUUGUCAGGUUACCGAGUUGCAGAGUGUCCUUUAAUCUCCAUGUCAUUUUCUAAACUGUUUACCCAGUAAGGUUUAGGAGUAUUAUGUAAUUUAUUUUCAAAUAGUUUUUUUUUUUUUUUUUAAAUCAGAAAUUAGUGUAUGUGCCAAUGUCAGUGUGUGCCUUCAGACUGGUCUGUCCUGUUUGUGUUUAAACUAUAUCAACUAGGAGGUUGAGCUGAUGGUUUUAUAUCCAGUGUUUGGUAUGGUGGUUAGGUUUUAAAUCAGCUUUAGAGCUCUGAAGGUAAUGUGUGUGUGUGACCGCAACAGAAAAUAAAUGUUUAAAAAGAUGUAAUGUU